AUGUGCAAUGCGGGGGUCAUGCGCGCCGACUCUGAGGGCGUUGAGCAGGACAGGAAGGGUGAGUUCUGGCGGGCCAGAAAAAGGCAAGCCGGACGGAGAGUCGCUUUCAGACAUGGCGCCGCCAAUGCGUGCCGUGAGCACAGUGUCCUUCGACACACGGCCUCUGACUUGGCGGAGCAUGCACCACGAUGCACUGAAGCGACGUAUGGGGGAGGGACGCUUGAACGGCAUUGCGUGUAA